UAGGAGGUUUGUUAAGCCUACAAAGAAUCCCAAGCCAAGAUGGGAGCAAAGAUCCCUGAAGGCCUCGCCAAGCUGGCACGCUGAGCUGAAUCUAAUGAGGCAAAUUUGAAUGAGAACAAACUGUACAGAGGCCAGUGACCCAAGACCAGAGGGGUCUGACUCAGCAUAAGCAAGUGGGAAAAUACCGAAGGCUUGUCUGCAGUGGAUUCCUGAUGAGCCGGUGAGGAAUGAGAACCCUGAAUGGACGUGGGGAGGUUCCAGUCACCGUUCCACGGUGGUCCUGACCAAGAGCUCAGACAGAAGACAGCGAAGGGUCGGGGGAGCAGCCCCAGGACCCUGAACCCAGAACACAUGACCCAAAUCUGGGGGAUGAAUCCCUUGCUCUCCAGACCUUUGCUACUGUCUAUCCCAAACUCAAGCCCAAUUGAUUUGGACAACAAAGGACACUUGCCUACAUGACACAACAGGAAAAAAAAGAUAAGAAAAUUAGAAUGAAAAGAAAAUUAGAGAAGAGCACACAGAGGAAGCUUGGAGAAGCCCACACAGCAGGCUCUCUGGGACUCGAGCAGUAACCCCUGCCUCCAUGACUUCACCCCUCGGAGGCUUCAACGGCAUCACUCUCUGCAGCACAGCCAGACCCGACAGAGGAUCUUCACUCUAAACGCGGUCAUCCUCCCCGCUGGGCUGGUGUGACCAGAGCUCCAGCAGUCCCACCAGCAACUGCGAGGCUGUCCCCGCUCUGGCCCUUGCCCAAGACCAGUCCACCCAGUUCCCGCGAAAACUUCCUCACCGCCCUGUCCUGCACCUCCACGGGCCUCCUGCCUCACUCGCUGGGAGGACUGGCGCGGCCUCCUGACUGCGCUCCACUCAGCGGCUCCUUCUUCUCCAAUCCGUUCCCACAGCCCUUUCUUAAAGCCCUGCAAGGGCUUCCUGAGGCCCUUAGGAUGAAGAUCAACAGCAGUCCCGUGGCCACAAGGCCCUAUCACAGCUGGGCCUCUGUCCCCCAGCACGUAGCUCUCCUCCCUCCUCUGUCCCCUCACACGAGCCAGCCUCUUCCAGUUCCGUCAGGGGAGCACGGCCUCUGCACAGACUGCUCUCUCUGUGGAAAGCUCUCCUCCCACGGGGACACCUCCUUCAGCUGGUCUCAAUCAUCACUUCCUCAGGGAAGGCUGCCCUGAGCAAGCUCGGGGCCUAACCCACUGGCAGCCUCUCCCAGCACGGAGCGGGAGCACAGCUUUCAUCGCAGUGCGACAUCGACAUUCACAUGCGAUUAUUCCACUCACAGCUGCUCCGAUACACAUGGCGAGAUGGCCGAGAUGGCCGAUGAGGCAGGGACAGGUCCUGAUUCUGAGGAGAACUGAACCCCCAGUUCCUAACACAACGCCUGCUAUACAGUUGGUGCUCGAUUUAUAUAUUUUUGGAGGAAACCAGCACUGGUGCAAAGGGAAAUACAGAUGGUGUAUCAGUCAGAGUUCUCAUAUAUGAAGAAAUUUAUUUUAAGGAAUUGGCUCAUACAAUUGUGAGGACUAGAAAAUCCCAAGUCUGUAGAGCAGGCCGGAGACUCAAGCAGAAUUUCUGGAACAGUGUUGAGGCACAGUUCCCUCUUCCCUGGAAAACCUUUGUUUUCUAUCCUUAAGGCCUUCAAAUGACUGUAUGAAGCCCACCCACAUGACUGAGGGUCAUCUCCUUUACUUAAAGUCAACCUUCAGAGCAAUGGCUUGACUAGUGUUUGACCAAACACCUGGGCUCACAGCCCAGCCCAGCUGACACGUACAAUUUGACCAUCACAGAUGGCAAAGAGGGCAUCCACCCAAGGAGAGGCCGAUGGUGGGAGAAGCCUACCUGGUGGACGAGCACUGGGAGGGCGUGGUGAGCCGACUCUCACACGCUGGAGGAAAACCCAGCAGACAUGUUCUACUAAAAGCAGAGGAUGUGGAGAGGGGGUCUACUCCACCAGAGAAACCUCAGCCCUGGUCCCCAGGGCCAAAGGGAUUCAGCCAGGAUUACAGUCUGGGGUGUCAGAGAAGGGUGGGGGCAGACCCCCCAUUGUAAGGUCCAGGUAGAAUGUUCAACACAGGCUGACCCCAGCCCCGGCUGAUCUUCACCUCUGUCCUCACCCCCACACUCCUGCUGGGAGUGUGCUACGCCUUAUCUCAGGACUUCACCAUCCUCUCCUGGUUAAGAGCAGAUGCCCAGGAGCCAGUGGAGGUCAGGAGGACGUGGCCUUACUCAGCUCCUAAGGUCAAGCCUGCACAUCUCUCUGUGUAGAUGACUCUAAAAAAGGACAAUGCGAUAAGGACUCAGAGAUCUGAGUUCUUGGAACCUGAUGAGGAAUGCAGUCUUGGGUUCUUGAAGGACAAUAGUCAGGAAAAUUCAAGAAGCCAGAGAAAAGUGGGUACAGAGGGGGCCCCGCUGGGGAAUUAGGAAUAGGGGGAUCUGAGUCAUCAGAAAUGCAAACUUCAAGCUACAGGGAGCCAAGUGCUUGGACAAAGGAGCCCCUGGGCAGCAAUCAGAGAAAGGCUCUGGGCAUCCGGGGUCAGAAGAAAACAUAGCCCAGCAUCCAGGCAUCGAAGUAGAAUGUCUCCAGAAGAAGGCUAGCAGGCUAAAGCCAGUUGUGCCAAGACCCCAAGGAAAGGGCACCCUCUCCAGGAAGAACGGUGGUGAAUGUUCAUUCAACAGAGAUUCGCUGGUUACCCACCUACACCACAUCAAGCCCUUUGCUGGAUGCUGGCGAGUCGCACAGCCUUGCCCUGGAUGUAGAGUGAGUGGAACAGCAUUAAAGAGCUCACUGCACAGAACCAGGUAAACACUAGGACAGAGGACACGCCUGCAGGGGAGGCAUAGAGGGCGGUGACAGGGAAGCUUCACGGGGACGGGGGGCACUUGAGAGAAAAGCUGGCUGGAUAGAGAAGGGGCGGUAAGUUGCAGGCUGAAGCAGGGCCUGUGCCCAGGCCGAGGCACGGAGAGCUGAGCCUGUUAGAGCAGAGAGGGCAAGGAGGAGGGCGCAGCCUCUGACCUCACAAUACCCAGGGCCCACUGGGCCAGCCUUACAACCUGCAAACUCUGGUGCCCUCCUCCAGCCCGGGCAAGGCCCGGGGCCCUGGGCAGCCUCCAGGUGCAGUGCCCUCCUGUGGGCUGCACCCUUCCCGCUGCCCCGGGGCAUGUCUCUACUCACCAAUUAUGAGGGGCUUCGGCAUCAGAUCGAGAGACUGGUGCGGGAAAAUGAGGAACUGAAGAAGCUGGUGCGGCUCAUUCGGGAGAAUCACGAGCUCAAGUCAGCGAUCAAGACACAGGCGGGUGGCCUGAGCGUCAGCGGGUUCAGCAGCGGGCUCGGGGAGCUGGCAGCUGGCCCUUCUCCACACCAGGGUGUCUUCCUGCACCCGUCCCCGGCGGCAGCAAAUGAACCUGUCCUGGAAGAAGUGGGGAUUGUGACUCUGGCACCCCUGGCCGACAUGCUAAACAGCCCACAGCCCAGCUCUGCUGCAGGCCCCAUCGUGAACCCAUUGCCGGGCCCUCUCCACACGCUUCUACCUGCCCCAGGGCCCAUCUCACAGAGCAGCCCGCUCACCAGCCUCCUGACUGGCCCCCUGAGCAGCCACCCGGCCAGCCCCAUGGCUGUGUCCCCGGUGGGCACACUGGCCAGCUCUCUGGGCCUGCCCUCCACUGGCCCCCUGACUCCAAGCAGCCACCUGGCCAGCUCCCUGGGCCUGCCCUCCACCGGCCCCCUGAUGGCCCCUAUGACAGGCUCGGUGGGUGUCUCUCUGAGCAGCCCCCUGCUCACCUCCACAGCUGCCCCUCUAGGUGUCUCUCAGAACCUUCUGGCCAACCCCAUGAGCAAUCUGGUGCUGUCAGAGCCCCCGAGGGUGCGGCUGGCAGAGCCACUCCGAGGAUGCCCCUCUGGACCCCAUCCCUCAGCUGGCAGGGGACCUGCUGCCACCUGCAAAGUCCCUGUCUCCACUGAGCACCCCCAGCCAACCCAGGAGCCGGACCCCCUCAGCAUGACAUUUGUGGGUGCACCCAUCCAGACCUCCACCCCCGCUGGUACCACAGCCACACCUGACCCCAUGGCAGCCUUCUCCUAUGGCACCUCAGAUGUCGGGACCCAGCCUGGUGGCUCCCAGGGGCAAGCGGUUCCUGCCUCUGUCCCUGCAUCCUCGACAGCCUCCGCCCCCAUCACAGUCCUCCCCUCUGCUCCUACUCCUGCUCCUCAAGCUGCUACGAACUAUGCCCCCUCAAACACCCCCCACCCCUCCACCCAGAUGCACCACUCCCCGACCUUGCCCUCACCCACCACCCACUCCCCUCCACGCAACCCCCACUCCCCGCCUCGAACCUCGUCCUCCCCGGCUUCAGUCAACGACACCCGAGGUCCACGUGUCGCAGAGCCAGCUCGGAAAAGCAUCCUGGAGCUGGAGCGGAAGCUUGCCCACCGAAAGAGCGGCAAAUUCCCUGACAGCUCCCGAGAAUCGAAGCAGCUGGCCUGGGAGAGGCUGGUGGGGGAGAUUGCCUUCCAGCUGGACCGCAGGAUCCUGUCCAGCAUUUUCCCCGAGCGUGUGCGGCUGUACGGCUUCACCGUCUCCAACAUUCCCGAGAAGAUCAUCCAGGUGUGUUGUGCCCGUCUCCCACCCUCCGCCAGAGGGCCAGCCUGCAGGGCACGGAGAGGGAGCAGGCUGGCCCCUGAGGGCUGCUGGGCCCUGCACUCCAGGCAGGCCGAGCGCAUCAGAACCAGGGGGCACCCUGGGAUAGGAGAGCACGGCGCUCAGUCCAAGUGGCCAGCAGGUGUCCGGGACAUCCGGGACAUCCGGGGCAUCCGGCAGCAGGAGCCUGUGCUCCCAGGUGCACGCAUGGCCUCCCCAAGGGGCAGAGCAGGGGAGGGUCCCCAGCAAGGUCAGGCCUGUGCUCCCCAUCUUUGCCACUGCGAUGGCCUCUGGUCUGCCAGGCCUCGCUCCCAGGGGCCCUCCUCAGACUGGCAGCGCUCACGCCUUCUCCCCAGCCCUGUCCGAGUCCUCAAAGGAAGUCCUCACGGGUCAUACGGGGCACAGGGGAGGCAAGUCUCAGAGUGUCUGAGCGGCUGGCGGCCUGGUGGCCUGUCGGGGUCUUCAGGCGGGCUCACCGCAGUGUAUUCCCAGCACGCUCAUCCACCGAGCUGCUCCCACUGAGCUGCUCCCGCUGACGGGUACGGAGGACGGCACUCCCCAAACGUGCUUGGCGCGUGUCCUCGCCACCCGCCAGGCGGUGCGGGAGGCCCGCGGACAGACAGAAGCGCUCCGGGUCUGGGGCGCGGGCUGCGCUUGGUGGAGAAGGCCCAGGAGCCUCUUUCCAGAAAGAGCGCUUGCGCAGCUGCCCCCCCCCCGCCCCGCCCACGGGGGGUGGGGCCGCCGCGUGGGGCAGGGGCGGGAGACGCCCCCCGGCGCCUUUCAGCCUUUCAGUCGCCCAGCGGGAAGUAGCUGCGUGUCCCCAGGCCACUCUCUCUCCAGCCGUCCUGUGAUGAGUGGAGGGGCUGUAGGCCUGGGUAUGUGCGUGGGCAGGAAUGACCUUGGUUUCAGUGGGCUCACCUGUGUCCCGGUUUGAGUUUUGUUAAGGUGUCCUUUGGUUAGGUUUUAAUUUGAAUGUGGUCAGAAUUAUCCACCUUUUCCUUUGUCAUUUGUACUUUUCACAUCGUGCUUAAGGCUGGAGCUGCCCAGCCCCUCCCCGUCCCCACUCUCAGUCCCACGUGUGUGGGCUCGUGGUCUGCAGUCUGGCCCUGCCCAGGUGACAGUGUCCCAGUCAUGGGAGCAGGGGGAGCCUGGGCAUCUCUUCUUCCAGAUGUCCUAGCUCCUCUUGGCCCUUUGCUCUUCAACAUGAAUUUUAGGAAAACCUAGUUCAAAUUUUGAGGUUCUCGUUGGUUUAUAGGUAGAACUGGGGAAGUUUCACACGUUUGCGUGUUGGUUACCCAUCUGUUGCUCCUGUCAGUGGAACCCCCUUUGGUCUUUCUGGUUUGACGAUUCUUCACUCGUGUCCUGGACUGCCCACACCACUGCUGUCAUGAGUGCAGACUGGUAGUGGUUGUUUAAAAAUGGUAAAUAUUUAUGUCUUUCAAAUGCUGCAUCUGAUAUUUAGUUGGCAGAAACAUUUAAUUAUAAGCACAACUGACCACGUAGAAGUUAGAUAUUAAACAGUGAAAAGAAGUUUCCCAUUGCUUGAAGAUGCCUGCUUAAAUGGAAGGUGGUAAGAACGCAGAGACCCAAAUGGCACCCCAACGGGCUCCUGACAGUUUCAGGGACAGUGUAAGGUAAAAAGUGGGCCGUGGCCCAGUUCCUGGGAAUCCCUGCCCUUUCCCCAAAGUCGUUGGAAUCAUCCUCCUCAUCACGUGAAACAACCAAGCCCAUGAAAGCUGGCAACACCGCCCCUCACGGCCUCUGGCUCCCUUGCCUUCUGGGACGGCCCUCGCUGUCUGUACAGUGUGUCUGCUUCUACUUUAAACACACAUACCGGCCUCAUGUCUUCUCUGGCCUUCUGAGACAGCCUACACUCAGUCUGCAGAGUGUGCGUCUCUCUGAAUAAACCUGCUUUUACUCAACAACAACAGCAACAACCAAACGCAGAGACCUCUGAGGGGAGCGUGAGCUGUGCGUGCCCUCCCCUCCCCCGCUUCCCCUUCACCGGGAGUGGCCGCUUAUGCCAUAGAACUUGAGAGUCACCACACUACAUGGCAGCCCUUCAGAGAAGACACAGGGAGAGGAAGCAGGCCACAUGCAAGGAGGUCAAGGAGACUGGUGCCCUGAGCAAUGCUUCAGCCUCCAUCUUGGCGGCCUCUGGGGAGCCAGCAGUUCUUACCACAACACUCUUCUGGUCGUUCUGCCCAGCUGCCACCAUUCCCCUUCCAUCCAGCGACGGCCAGAGCUGCCCACGCUCCCGAGAAGCUGCUCCACUCAAGCCCACCUGUACAGAAGUUGCCUUCAGGAGAACCCUGACCGGCCCUCUGUAGGGCCCACUGCGGGCUGACUGAUGCCUGGUCACACCUGAUGAUCACAAAGGUGCUGCUUGGCUCAAGGCUGCCCUGCCUGCUUGGCUGGGUCGUUCGUUGAUUCUAUUUGCACUUAAGUCCACUUUGCCCAGGUUUUAUUUCCCUACAUCAAGACAUCCUGCUUGUUUCUCUGCAUGUUGAACUCCAGUGUUGGUGGCUGCUAGAACCUCUUAGUUCUACCUGGACUCUCCACACCAGGCAAGACCUGAAAGCUAUGGCGGAACCCCAUUAUCGCUAAGGACUCACUGACUCUGUUCACAGAGCAUGGCUAUCUUUUUCAUGAGCUCGCAGUUAUGCCAUCUUUUAAGCCCAACUAGAAGUUGUCCCAGCACUCAUGCCUGUCACUUCUACUCAGUUGCGAAGAUCUUCUGUCUGUGGGAGGUGCUCUGGCUCCCUCCCCUUCCAAGCCUUGUCCUGGGAGACCCCGAGUCCAGCAGCAUCAGUGUGUGGGUCACUGGGGCUGGUCCCUCGUCACUGUGUCCGGCCCAUGGUCCCCCAGAUGCUCUCCUGCUCACUAGCAUGCUGAGAAUAUUUCUGAUUUUUGUGUAUCAAUUUGUUAUCUAGCUACCUUGCCAAACCUUCUUACUAGUUCUAAUAGCCACGUUGUAUGUAGUAUUUGUCAAAAGCAAAUCCCACAACCUCAUCCUGUUCCUGACUUGACUGGGAACACACACUUCGAGUCUUCUGGUUAAGUACGGUGUGUGUUCAAGGCUUUCUGCCAGAUCUUCUUUAGGCAAACCAAUCAGAGCCCUUGGUUGCAGAUAACAGAACCCACACUAGCUGAUAUAAACAGAGAGAGGGUUAUUAUAAAUGCUUAGGUGUUCUGAGAAGCUCCAGUGAAACUCUAGGAAGGAGACAGAUCUGGGCUCAUCUGCUGCACAGCCAGUAAAAUUGCCAGCACACCACGGAGUUCCCUAGUGGGCACACCAUUGCCAUCGCUGCCCCAGGAGCAACACACAGACACUUGGUUGGAUGCCUGAAGUUUGGUACAGCCACCCCUGAAGAACCAGUGCCAGAGCCCCUGGCUCGCCUAAAACCUACUCCCCUGCCUGCACUGCCCCCUCCAGGAGCCCCACCUGGAAGUCCCACCCACCUGCACUUGCUGGGCAGAAACCCAGGUCGGAGGGGUCCCAAAGCCACAGGGGAUUUUUUAGCUUCCAGCCUCUUAGAGUUCAGGAAGGCACUAGAAUGCACUAGUACAGGAGCCAGGUGAGCCAGGGUUAGUAUUUGGUUAAGAAGUUGCCUCUUCCUCCUUUGUUGAGGGUUUUUUCUUACUCAUGAACAAAUAUUGAACGUUUUAGAAUGUC